CCCUUUCUUUUGUGUAUCUAUGAUCAGAGAUAGAGUAAUAGACUUUAUCUCUGCUAUGAUCGAUCUAUAGGAGUCCGAGAUCUACAUAAUAAAUUAUAUCUAAGAUAUCUAGUUACAGAUACAGUUUAAUUUACAGAUCUAGAUUUAGUUAUAGAUUAAGACCAAAGAAAGGAUUCAUUAAUUAAUAUGUCUGCAGCCAAGAGGAGAAACCUCCGAGUGGCCACCACUAAGUGUGGCGUUGAAGCGACAGACAAAAUACAAACAUGGCUAAACGUGCUGGUUAUCAUGGGUCUACAAAUUCCCCGCUCUGUGUCUUACUCGAUUGUUCUUCCAUCCCUCUACCAGUUUGUAACUGCUCCCAGAUUAAACGGAACCUUCAACAAUAACACACAGUACAACGCCGCUGAUUCAAGUAUCAGGCCAGGGUUGGGUGAAUCAGAUAUGUUCUACUCAUGGGCAAUCACAAUGUUCAGUGUAUCAGCAUUAGUCAUAUCACCAAUUGCCGGGGUGCUCCCAAGAUUCAUAACAUAUCGGUUAUCAAUUCUCCUAUUUUUACUGGUGUUCAUUGUCGGAAGUUUGCUUUAUGCACAAGCAGUAGAGCCGUGGAUGAUUCUUGUUGCUCGAUUUUUACUGGGAAUUUUCGAUGGUGCUUCUCCUAUCUUACUACUAAGUUAUGCAAGUCGAUCUGCCUCCAUUAUAGUAGACGCCAGGAAAAAUGACCUAAAAGAGCAGGAAACAAAAAAAAAUUUUUGUCUCAAGGACAAAUUGUUUGCAGCAGACCUUAUACAUAAGGGUAUUAUCUUUCCAGUAACCUUAGGAAUCACUUCAGUAGUAGCACAAUUUGUUGAAGUUGAUCAAUAUCGAUGGCCUGGUUGGUUCCUGUUUGCACUCGGAAUACUGUAUACAGUCACUUUCCUCUUGGUGUACAGAGAAGAUGAGAAGAUUCAAUGCCAAUGUCAUGAGAAACUGAAUGGUGUAGAAUCUGUCACUCGAUGGAGAGGUCAAGUUGCCGUCUUUAAGACAAUCAGAUGUGGAAGUCUACUUGUCAUUUUAUACUUUGUUUACUGUGGAUAUGUGGCGUUCUCUAUUUUCAAUGUAUCUGACACACUGCUCCCACCGGUUCUUCGUGACUUUUUUGGGUUCGACAUUUCUCAGAAUUCCAUCUUCUUUCUAGUACUGAUGUUCGUGAGCUUGGGAGCUGGAGUCAUAUUGAUCUCACUCAAAUGUUUCAGAAUGGACAACAGAGUUGUGUUAAUCGUCACCAUUCUCCUGGGGAUUAUUGGUACUACUCUAUCAUCUGACUGGCAGGCAAUUGGGCGAGAUCCUUGCUAUGAAAAGUUCUUAGCAAACUUUUCCACUGUAGCAGAAUCUCAGAUUACAAUGGUUUGCAGAGAUUUUUCUACAGACAAUUUUGCUAGUUUGUGUGAAGCGGAGAGUAGCAAUGAGCAUAAUUGUAUUUGGAACUGUAUCUCCAAGGUUACGGGAAGCAGUUGCCAAUAUUGUCCUCCUUUCUGUCGAAGUGAUGAGAAGUCCAUCAAUUUUGUGCAGUUUUCUAUAGGCAUUGUGCUGAUUGUGAUCUGUAUGCAGAUGUUUGUAACAGUUACAGUGUCCAUAACAACCGAUGUAACACCUCCUGCUCUGCAAGGAAUUGCUAUUAGUGCUGUGUAUACUGCCAACAGUGUAGCAAGAACAGUCACCCCAUUGUGGAUUGAUUUUGUGUACAGACACUUCAAUCGACACACAUACCCUCCCCUAAUUGUGAUCAACACCACUCUUCUUGUUGCUCUAAUUGGAGCCAUAGCCCUAUACAAGCAGCUGGCACCCAGGGCUUUAAGUGAAUCUCAAUCAAAGGAGGUGUUAAAUCAAAUUAAGAUGAAGGAACUCAAUAGUGAAAGUGAAAUUAAAUUUGUUUCGUAGCAGGUUUAUAAGCACACAUUUAGGUUGACUGUUAUUUUCUUUUUGUGGAAUUUCAUACUACACU